CGGGCACCUGGCAGUCUUAGCGAGUUGGGGGCGUGGUCCGGGGCGGGGCCGGACGCUCCGGGGCGGGGCCCAGGCUGCAAGGCCCCGCCUCCUGAAGGUGGGCGGGGCGAGCCGCCGCGUGCUUGCGUGCUUGCGUUCAGUGUUCAGGGUGCGCAUGCGUCGAGGUCACCAGUCAGUCAGCUGUAAGAACUUUGCGCAGGUCGUAUGGUGCGUCUUCCUCACCUGAAGUAAGUGGUGGUGGCAACCUUGGUCGGGCUCCGGUAAAGGGCAGCAGGAAGUCUGUGGAACCAAGGUAACCGGGAAACUUGCUGAGUGGCCAAAGGCAGUCGGCUUCCCCGGUGCAACAGGACUGCUUUUCCAUCCAGACGUUAUACUACCGGGUCCCUACCUGACGUGUUGCAACCCCUAUGUCGGUCGCCUCUACAGAAAUAGCCAUAAACUUGUUGCUCACUGAGGCUGUUUACUGAAGACCCACUGAAUGCCAAACGCUAUGCGUUUGGACCCACUUCCAUUCUUAUAACUCCCCUGCAAGGUCGGCCCCAUGGCUGUUUCACAUGGUUCAAAUCAAACUUCCUAUUUGCUAUCUCCAAACAAGGAGGACUGGGAAGAGCAAGGCAUUCCUGACUUUGUCUAUGGGCAACAGGAACUUCUGUGGGAAGGGAUUCAGUGGCCGAGGAAUGCACCCAGUCGCCCAGACGCGCUGCCUGUGCCUCGCUCUAGUUUUGAUUCUGCACUCUGCUCUGCCUGGAGGCAGCGGAUGGAGCUGGGGCUGUUUCGCUAUUGCCUGGGGGAGCUUCAGACCCAAACCCUCCCUGGUGCUGUGGGUUUUGUGGCUCAGCUGAAUGUGGAGCGAGGGGUGCAGAGGAGGCCCCCCCAGAACAUCAGCAGCGUGAGGCAGGCAUUUGACCCUAAACAGUUUAAUUUCAACAAAAUCCGGCCCGAAGAAGUCCUCUUCCGUUUGCGCCGAAAGCCUGAUCUCCCAGGUGUUCUCCAACAAGAGGAUAUCCUGGUGAUGAUCAAUAUCAGUCCCCUGGAGUGGGGCCAUGUACUGCUGGUGCCCGAGCCAGCUCGGGCACUCCCCCAGCGCCUGCUACCAGGUGCACUUCGGGCCGGGCUGGAAGCUGUGUUGCUGAGCUCUCACCCGGGCUUUCGCGUGGGCUUCAACAGCCUGGGUGGCUUGGCUUCAGUGAACCACCUCCACCUGCAUGGCUAUUACCUGGCCCACAGACUGCCUGUGGAGAGGGCACCAAGUACACGCCUGGACCCUGGGGGCCAUUUGCACCUGCUCCAGGCUGUCCCAGCUCCUGGCUUCCUCUUUUAUACCAGUGGGCCAAGGCCCGACUUGGAAGCCUUGAUAAGCAGGGUAUGUCGAGCCACUGACUAUCUGACUGACCACGAGAUUGCACAUAACCUGUUUGUGACCCGGGGAGCCCCACCUGGAAAGACUUCACCUUCCUCAGAUCUCACAGGCAUCCGAGUCAUCCUCUGGGCCCGGAAGUCCAGCUUUGGGAUAAAGGAAAGUGAGGCCUUCAAUGUUGCUCUCUGUGAGCUGGCCGGGCACCUCCCUGUCAAAACAUCGCAGGACUUUGGCAGCCUGACAGAGGCAGCUGCUCUGGCCCUCAUUCAAGACUGUCUGCUGCCCCCAGCCCAGGCAGAAGAGGUACAGGCAGCCCUGGUAGCCUUGACUGCCCAGAAGGAGCCAUAAUCCUGCCAGAAAUACUUAUUUUUCCCACUGGCCUAUGUCCCUUUCAGGAGACCUGCUUUUGAGGGUCAUUUGGGCAUUUUCAUGGCUGCCUUCUCACCUGUCUCCAUCUAAGAGGAUGGAUAAAAAACUGAUAAAAAUGGUCUCUUUAAAGAGAAGAGACCUUGGAAUAAAUCAAAUGAAUGAGCUCUCAUGGAUGUAUCUGCUUCUUUUCACCUUUCUUCUUGGACAAGCCCCCAGGGAUGUCAAACCUACUGUUGAGAAAGGGGCAUGCACAAGAGUUAUAUACUCCAGAAUACCCCCACAUCCUCUGAUCUUGCCCCUCUGCUUGUUCCCCCUUUGUCUACCGUUCCAUUUUUUAAGAUGUUUUAUUUAUUAAUCUUUAGAGGGGAAGGGAAGGAGAGAGGGAGAGAAAUAUCAAUGUAUGGUUGCCUCUCAUGUGUCCCCUGCUGGGAACUGGCCUGCAACCUAGGCAUGUGCCCUGACUAGGAAUCGAACCGUGAUCUUCUGGUUCACAGGCCCACGCUCAAUCCACUGAGCUACACCAGCCAGGCUCUACCACUGCAUUUUAUGUCUUCAUCUCUGCCCUGCCUCAGGCCUUGCUCCAUCCAGAUGCCCUCAUUAUAUACCACAUUCUUCACCUGCUUGACCACCUCGAAUUCUCCAGCCCCAACAAAUCUAAAGGAUGGAGCCGACUACCUGUAAGACGAGUGAAUCAGAGGAAGACUAUGUUGAAGAAGAAGAAUCCGAAGAGGA